AUGGAUAGCCAAACGAUAAAAUGGCUAGUUUUUAACGGAAAAGCUGAAAACUACCCAGCAUGGAGCACAAAGUUCACCGCGUAUAUGCAAACGAAAGGUUUAUACAAAGCGCUUCUCGGGAAAGAAGUCGCACCGGAAGAGAUAGCACCGCUAGCAGGGGAUGCUUCAGACGAGCAGAAGGCCGAACGGGAGGCAAAAGUUCAACAAAGAAAUAAACAAAUCGAAGAAAUUGAAGAAAGAAAUAAUACGGUAUGGUGUCAUAUUGCUUUAGCCCUCGACAAUAAUAGUCUUUUAUAUAUAAGACAUGAUUGCCUGUCAUCAGAUGGUGUUGGGGACGGGGCAAAGGCGUGGCGUUUGCUACAGCAGAGAUAUUCCAACGUGGAAAAGCCAACUGUA